CGUGCCGCAGCUCGACACCCCUCCGCUCCCGCUUCGCGCACGUCAAGUCGAGCCCCACAGCCUCUCAAGCCGAAGCUCGGCCUUGUGAACUGGUCGCGCGCUCUCAGAUCUCUCGUCGGCUAACUGUUUUCUCGCAGGAGGCUGUGGGAAGUGGGAAGUCGUUACAGUUUAGGUGUGCAUUGGACCAUUUGUGGGACCCUGAAGCAGCGUAUCUCCGAUGA